AGAGCUCUUCCGCGGUUCUUGCUUCCCAGAUUGAGUUGGCAGCCAACAACAAUUCCUUCCAACACCAUCCGAGCAUUGAGCACUACAUCACCUAGAUACGAUAGUUACAAUAGAUCUUGGAACGUUGCAGACAGGAAAUCCCUCUUGCGACCACAGCACAAUGGGAUCACAGCGCUGGCGAGCAAGAAUCCCGCCGUUCGGCGAGCUUUCCAUGCCACUGCACGCCAGUCUCGGGACCAUCACUUCGAUACUCUUAAGUUUGUCCAGCGGCUACGGGAGGAAGGAUUUACGGAGCCACAAGCUGUUGCAAUGAUGAAGGUACUUAGCGAUGUAAUCGAAGAGAGUAUUCAGAACUUGACACGCACAAUGGUACUUCGUGAGGACCAGGCUAAAGCGACCUACACACAAAAGGUCGAUUUCGCAAAGCUUCGAUCCGAACUUUUAUCUGCAGACUCAACAGAGUCAGCUACAACCAGGGCAUCACAUGAACGCUUGACAAACGAUCUUGCCAAGUUGAACAGCAGAUUGAGAGAUGAGAUUGGUCGAACGCAAGCUUCUGUUAGGUUAGACUUGAAUCUGGAGAAGGGAAGAAUCCGGGAGGAGGCCAAUGUUCAGGAACUGAAGAUCAAGGAGACUGAGACGAAGAUUGAGCAGGAGGUUGCUGGGUUGAGGGAGAAGCUGGAAGGUGUCAAAUUUCAGACUUUGCAAUGGCUCAUGGGAGUUUGCACUGGUACUGCUGCUUUGAUUCUUGGUGCUUGGAGGUUGUUGAUGUAG